AUGCGAGUGUGCACAUAUAAGGCACAUCACCCCCUCUCCGUUAGUCGAUGUGGGAUCUUACAUCAGCAGUUGAAGACGGCGAAGGUCACCUGGGUGACCAACAGUCGUAUCAACAUCGGAUACGACGAGCGACAUCGGGCUGCACUGACGCCGGAGUUGCAUGGCUCCGUGGCCCACGACAUUGGUCACGUCGUGCUUACCUAUUGCCCGAUGCAGUGGAAGUCUUAG